AAAGAACUUCCAGGGCACGCAGUCUUGACCACCAGUUUUACUUCUGCUGCAUACACAUCCUCAUCCUGGUGGCCAACUCCGAGAGAGGUUGUUCUAAAAAAAAAGGAUGGAUAGCACAGAAACUGCACAUGAUGAAAAUGAUUAUGAUUCUGAAUAUGAUGAAGAGUUUGAUAUCUACGUUGCAAAGGUGGAACAUUUUUUCAACAUCAUGUCUAUCAUCGUUUACUGCCUGGCCUUUGUCCUUGGUGUGCUCGGGAACGGAGUGGUUAUCUGGGUGACCGGGUUCAAGAUGAAGAAAACAGUUAACACAGUCUGGUUCCUCAACCUGGCUGUGGCUGACUUCCUCUUCACUGCAUUUCUUCCCUUCAGUGUGGCAUACCUGGCUAUGGAUUUCCACUGGCCUUUUGGAAAGUUCAUGUGCAAACUGAACAGCACUGUAAGCUUCCUCAACAUGUUUGCCAGUGUCUACAUUCUGGUGGUGAUCAGUGUGGACAGAUAUGUGUCUGUGGUGUGGCCCGUCUGGGCCCAGAACCACCGUAAUGUACGCAAGGCCUCCUUUGUGAGUCUUGCUGUUUGGCUUCUGGCUUUGAUCCUCAGCACACCGUACUUCAUUUUCAGGGACACUGCAACAUCUGACGACAACAUCACCUCCUGCUUCAACAACUUUGCUCUUUCUGAUGAUUCUGAAACACCUUCUGUGCAACAGCUGGGAGACCUUCGUCAUCACAUCAUGAUCAUCACCCGCAUCCUUCUAGGAUUCGUUAUCCCCUUCACUGUCAUUGUCUCCUGUUAUGCCGUCAUAAUCCAUCGCCUCAGACGAAACCGUACCCUGGCCAGCCAGUCAAAUCGCUCCUUUAAGAUCAUCGCUGCCAUUAUCAUCACUUUUUUCCUGUGCUGGGCUCCUUAUCACAUCUUCAGUGUAAUUGAGCUGGUCAGAUUCACCACCACUAACUCAAGCGAAACAUUACAUAGUGUCGCUGCUGUUGGUAUGCCUAUAGCUACCAGUCUGGCUUUUCUCAACAGCUGUCUGAAUCCACUGCUGUAUGUGUUCAUGAGCCAAAAUUUUAAGAAUAAAAUCUGCAAAUCUCUCUUUAAAGUUUUGGAGACUGCCUUCCAGGAAGAAGGAGCGCACUCUCGCACGUCAAUGGACGGCAGUUAUAGCAAAGAGAGGUCAUCUCUGGCUACGCAGGUAUAAAUCUGCACAUGAACGAAUGACUUCAAAAAAUGUUGAAAGUACUCUCACAACAUUUUCUCCAAAUGUCAUCUCAGAGAGCAGUCACAUUUCAUAUAUAGCAAAUGUUGCAUUUUAGUGUGUGGUUUCAUUUAUGCAUAAUAAUCAAGAAAAAGGUAGUAUGUGGUUUACGCAGAGAAUUUUAUUGUUACUUUUAAUCUGUCAAGUAGGCUGCAGCCAGGUAUUUAAAUUAGAUUUGCAUUCAAUAGUUCACAAUAACAUUAAUAAAAAAAAAUGCUGGCAUAAGGUAGUAGUAGUGCAUAAGGCACUAACAGGGAUUUAAUUUUGUCUCUCUCUCUCUUCUCACCCAUCUACCGCUACCCUACUUCUUGUUUCUGCCAACCAGCUUCCCUUGUCAGGGUAUGAGAAAAAAAAAAUGCUUCAGUCAAUCUCGUGUCUGUUAUAUGACAUUUUCCCAUAGAUUGUUAUGUUCGAAUAUGAACCCUUUUUGGAAAUGCAGCACAGACAGCAAGUAAUAAAAUUGUACUUACUUGUUGUUCAAGUUGUGUGUUUCAGCACAUCCAGUUUGAAUAAUGAGUACUGCAUUAAUAUACAGCGCCUCGACUAAUUUAAUUAGCUUUCGUGAAUACUAAGAGACCUGGAUUUGCCAAUAUAAUAUGUCAAAAUGUCAAGGGUUACUCGUGUUGUGGACCGUGGGUCUUGAUAGCAAAAUGAUCUUAGAACUGUGAAUAUUUGCUAUGAUAAUUACUAUACGCUUAGUGUUUAUUUACUUAAUGGUAGCUGGAUUCACUUGGCUUUCAGGUUGUGACUUUUUUUAUUUAUUUAUUUAUUUUUACACUUCUCUGCUACAGUCUUCCAGAUAUUCAAUUUGUCCAGCAGAUGGGUCUGUAUUACACAUUCAGAUAUAAUCAGGAUGUACUUUUCAAAUGUUCUUUCUGUUGUUCUAGUCAGUGAGGAAGAAUAAUUGAAUGAGUUAGUGUUAUUCUUUUUAUUUCUUACAUGUCAUUUUAUAAGAUUGUACAUAAUGUGUAUGUAUAAUCAUUGUGUUUUAGUAUUUAUUACAAUCUAAAAAUAAAGACAUAGACUGUAUGUGGAAAUGAUCGCUAGCUGCCCAGAACUUGAAAUAAAUAAAUUUGUCUUUAUUUGUUUAAUUGUUGAAAUCUGAAUUUGCACCAUAGGCCUUUGAGGAUGGUAAUUUCAAUCCUGUAUUGUGUUGCACAUGUCAAAAUUGACAAUAAAGUUGACUUGGCUUGA